AUGCCUGCUUCCCUCCCACUUGAGAUAAAGCAGAACAUUUUGACUCUCGCCACACGCACUCGAUCUCAAGCUGCCAAAAAUUUGAUGAUAUCACGGCAGACGUAUCCGUGCAUGGAAAAACUCGUAUAUAACAGAAUUCUUUUACAUGGAGAAUCAAACGUCAGGCGAUUUUUGCAAUGUCUUCACCAGCGUCCACUGCCCGUUGAAUUUGCUCAAAAAUCCGUCGCAUCCUUAUUUUUAGUCGGUUCCAUAGAAAAAUCAUCGUUGCUCGAUAUUCUCUUCCUGUGCAAUCGUAUCACUUCGAUUCGGCUUGUACUCAUAACCGAUGAAUUUGCGACAGACGGAUCGUCGCUCUGGAGUGCCCUGGAUGCCCUCCCCCUCCAGUCAUUUCUGCUCGUCAUGCACGUGGAGUUUACAUCACCCAUCUGCGCAUCUACCAUGUUUAAAAACCUGAGUCAUCUGGACAUCCACGGUGAUCACCUGUUGGAUAUGCCACAUGCAGGAUUGGAGUCUUUAGAAGCAUUGACGCACCUCUGUGUUACGCUCAUCAUGGAGCGUGCUGAUCCAACGGCAAUCACACGUCUUAUCAGCAAUGCACGUCUUCGAUUACUUGCCUUUCGGGUGGAUGAUCCGCACCAUGAGGUAGAAGAGUUUCUGGAGGAACAUGAAAUAAGCGACCAUAGGAUCGUACUGUUGCCCGAAACCACAACACUCUGGGGUGAGCUGGGCCAGGGUGACAUGUUAGUAUGGGAGUUAGCAGAGGACCAGACGAAACUUCCGAUACCUCAGAAUCAAGGACAUCGAUGUUUGCCACUCAGCAGUAUCGAAAAUGCAUACGCCGAUUAUAAUGACACUGAGAAGAUACCGGAAUGGAAUCCGUGCGCUAUUGAAAGGAGACCCAUGCGAGUCAAUGUAGGGCCGGCUAGGAGACCCAAUGGAGUGGGGAUGGCUAGAACGAAAGUCUAA